GUAGUGUGAAGACAUCGCUUCACUAUUCAUGCGACUUGCACGAUAGUAGACCAGAGUCACCCGUAUCUUCCGAACGUUCGCACGCAGGAGUUCUCGUAUAGUCAACUUAUUUGUUCUCGUAUAGUCAACUUAUUUGUUCUCGUAUAGUCAACUUAUAUGUUCUCGUAUAGUCAAAUGGCUCGUUUGUGGUUGAUUACUUCGCUGCUGCUGAUGGUGGCUGUGUACAGCACCGGGGCCCUAAAGUGCUACUUCUGCGACGACUGUCUGGACGAGCAGCCUCCGUUGCCUGCAGAGUGUAAAUCAAGCGUGGACGCCUGCGGGAAAUGGGUGCUUGGAGAUAUCGUAAUGAAGUCAUGCGUUCCUAAGAGCGCGUGUGAAGGAGGCGAUGCGUUGAUGAAUGUUGUCAACAGCAUCAACACCAUAGUCAGGGGCUCACGGUUAUCGAGCGUCCACUGCUGCGACACCGACGGCUGCAACGGCGCAGGUCUUCCUGCUCCCGCUGCUCUGCUGCUGCUCACCGUUCCGCUCAUCGCCAACGUCCUCUUGCGCUGAGCAAAAUUUGUCAGAACAAUCUAUGUUUUAUAUUGUCUCAGUCAUUUCUUUCGUUCUAUUUUGUAAAAUGAGAAUAAAUUCACGAUUGUAAUGUAGAUACACAAAUAACGAUUCAAUUUAAUCCUUGCUCAUGUGAUUGUCACAUGAGUCAUGUUGCAGACAAUGCUAAAACACGACGACAAAAGUAUUAAAGUAGUUUUAUUAAAAUGUGAUUUAAUAUUCCGUGAAAUCUCAAUUUUCCUCUAAAAUUGGUUAUGGUGUCAGAAGUAUGAAUGUUUUGACCCAGCUAUCAAAUACCAUUUGAACGGAUAUCGUGCCUCCACAGUCCCCACGGCAGUCGAGAAAAUGUGUUGGAAUGCACUCUGUUUCUGUAACUGAAAAUUGCAAGCUACUCACAUCUGCGUUUCAACUGCAAUCUCGUAGAUGUGAAGCCAUGA